UCAGCCUCGGACAGCCGGGAGCCGCUGGGCAAAGUUUAGCGUAAAGUGCAGUUUAUUCCCAGUGCGGUAGGCCUCCUUAGCUUUUGUCAUACGGCUGCUUUCUCUCUUCUUAAAGCACGCGUGAACUCCGUGCAGUUGAUUUCAAGUGGCCGGAUUUGCUUGAGUGCCGGCAUGAAAUGACUGCGUAGCGCAUCCUUUUCGGUCACAGCCCAAAGUACUUGGGUUACCUUCAAAGAGAUUCGUCCCUCGGGAGUGGGAAGGGGAUUGCUCUGAAGGAACAGCAUCCGUCAGCUGUUCUGUUGUUACUCGUGUCUCUCCGAUACCUUGAUCCCUGCCCCACACUGCUUCCAGUUCACAGCGAGCAGCUGAUGUUGGAAUCAAGCUAAGAGGAAUAAAAUUCUGAAGGAGAUAUAAGAAACGCAUUUCCCUAAACAUGGGUGAAACUGAGCAGAGACCAACAGCAGGAUCCCGCUUAGGAGCUCAGGAAAAUGCUGGGAUCAGUACUUUGGAGCAUGGACAGAAACCACCUAUGACACCUCCUGGAAAACUUGUCUCUAUCAAAAUUCAGAUGCUGGAUGACACACAAGAAACCUUUGACAUUCCGCAAAGAGCUCCGGGGAAGGUUUUGCAUGAUGCUGUUUGCAACCACCUGAACCUCGUUGAAGGCGACUAUUUUGGCCUUGAAUUUCCAGAUCAUAAAAAGAUGAUGGUGUGGCUGGAUCUUUUGAAGCCUGUUAUGAAACAGAUUAGAAGACCGAAGCACGUUGUUGUAAAAUUUGUGGUAAAAUUCUUCCCACCCGACCACGCUCAGCUGCAGGAGGAACUGACAAGGUACCUAUUUGCAUUGCAAGUGAAGCAGGACCUGGCACAGGGAAGGCUAACAUGCAAUGAUACCAGCACUGCCCUCCUAAUCUCACAUAUAGUACAGUCUGAGAUUGGGGAUUUUGAUGAAACCAUAGAUCGUGAACACUUAGCAAAGAACAAGUAUAUACCUCAUCAAGAAGCACUAGAAGACAAAAUCAUGGAAUUUCACCGUAACCACAUGGGACAGACACCAGCAGAGUCUGACUUCCAGCUUUUGGAGAUUGCCCGUCGGCUGGAGAUGUACGGGAUACGCUUGCAUCCAGCCAAGGACAGGGAGGGGACAAAAAUCAACCUGGCUGUUGCCAACACAGGCAUUCUGGUGUUUCAGGGUCACACCAAGAUCAAUGCCUUCAACUGGGCUAAGGUUCGAAAGCUGAGCUUCAAGAGGAAACGUUUUCUUAUCAAACUACGGCCUGAUGUGAAUAGUUCAUUCCAGGACACCCUGGAAUUCCUUAUGGCCAGUCGAGAUUUUUGCAAGUCCUUCUGGAAGAUCUGUGUGGAGCAUCAUGCCUUUUUCAGGCUUUUUGAGGAACCUAAACCAAAGCCUAAACCUGUCCUUUUUUCUAGAGGUUCUUCAUUUAGGUUCAGUGGUCGGACUCAGAAGCAAGUUCUUGACUACGUUAAGGAAGGAGGGCACAAAAAAGUGCAGUUUGAAAGGAAACACAGCAAGAUUCAUUCCAUCAGGAGUCUGACUGCACAGCCUUCAGAACAGCAUACAGAGGUGCCAAAACAAAGUGCUAGAGCCUAUGGAGACAACAAUGAUGCUGCAGCAGUGCAGAGCUGCCGGCAAGGGAAGGAGGUGAAAUCUUCAGCAGAAGACACUGGACAGCACAAGAGCCCUUCCUUGAAGAAGAGCCCAAAGGAAGGCAGAAAGAUGGAUGGAGCAGUGGUCUCAACAGUGGAGGAAGAAGAGGAGCCUGCUAAGGAUAGGAUGCAGCAGAACAGACCUCAAUCACAGCAGCCAAGCACAGCAGGUUCUUUGACUGGCAGCCCUCACCUUUCAGAGCUUUCCAUCAAUUCCCAAGGAGGACCAUCAGUGGCAAAUAUGACUUUAUCUCCAAACUUGAGCCCUGAUGCCAAGCAGUCAUCUCCCUUGGUCAGCCCUUUGCUGAAUGACCCGUCAUGCAUCAGGGCUGAUGAUGAGGAAGAGGUCAAAAGAAAGAGGUUCCCAACUGAGAAAGCUUACUUCAUUGCUAAAGAAGUGGCGACUACGGAGCGAACAUACCUGAAGGACCUUGAAGUCAUCACAUCGUGGUUUCAGAGUGCAGUGAGUAAAGAGGAUUGUAUGCCUGAAACUCUGAAAAAUCUAAUUUUCUCCAACUUCGAACCUUUGCACAAAUUUCACACCGGUUUUCUCAAGGAAAUUGAGCAGAGACUUGCUCUGUGGGAAGGCCGCUCUAAUGCUCACAUUAAAGGAGAUUACCAAAGAAUCGGAGAUGUUAUGCUGAAGAACAUUCAGAGUAUAAAGCAACUGACAAUUCACCUGCGAAAGCACAAUGAGAUUUUAAUGGAGCUGGAGAAUGGGAUCAAAAACUCUCGCAAGCUGGAGACCUUUUGCAGAGAUUUUGAGCUACAGAAAGUCUGCUACUUGCCUCUCAAUACCUUCCUCCUCAGACCUUUACACAGGCUUAUGCACUACAAGCAGAUAAUGGAGAGGCUUUGCAAGCACUACCCUCCAAACCACAUAGACUUCAGGGAUUCAAGAGCUGCUUUGGCUGAGAUUUCUGAAAUGGUGGCUCAGCUCCAUGGCAAUAUGAUAAAGAUGGAGAACUUCCAGAAGCUGCAUGAACUGAAGAAAGACUUGAUAGGCAUGGACAAUCUGGUGAUCCCUGGAAGGGAGUUUAUUAGACUGGGCAGUCUUAGUAAGCUGUCUGGAAAAGGUUUACAGCAACGGAUGUUUUUUCUGUUUAAUGAUAUCCUGUUGUACACAAGUAGAGGCCUGACAGCAUCCAAUCAGUUUAAAGUCCACGGGCAUCUUCCACUGUAUGGCAUGACAAUGGAAGAAAGUGAGGAGGAAUGGGGAGUUCCUCACUGUCUGACACUACGAGGUCAACACCAGUCCAUUGUUGUUGCUGCAAGUACCCGUGCUGAAAUGGACAAAUGGACUGAGGACAUCCAGAUGGCAAUAGACCUGGCAGAGAAAAGCAGCGGCCCUGCCCCAGAGUUACUGGCAAGCAGCCCACCUGACAAUAAGUCUCCUGAUGAAACUACUGUAGACCAGGAAUCUGAGGACGACCUCAGUGCAUCCCGCACCUCACUCGAACGUCAGUCACCACACCGUGGCAACACUACGGUGCACGUCUGCUGGCACAGAAAUACCAGUGUUUCAAUGAUCGACUUUAGUAUUGCUGUGGAGAACCAGCUGUCUGGAAAUCUGCUAAGGAAAUUCAAAAACAGCAAUGGGUGGCAGAAGCUUUGGGUGGUGUUCACCAACUUCUGCAUGUUCUUCUAUAAAUCGCACCAGGACAAUCAUCCUUUAGCCAGCCUUCCUUUAUUGGGAUAUUCACUUACCCUUCCUUCUGAAUCUGAAAACAUUCACAAAGAUUAUGUGUUCAAGCUACAUUUCAAAUCCCAUGUGUACUACUUCAGGGCUGAAAGUGAAUACACCUUUGAAAGGUAUGUUUGUUUUCUGUGAGCAAAAAUUUUUGGUAAAUUCCAGGAGCAUUCUUCCAAAGGUUAGUAGAUGCAAAGUUUAAUAAGUUGGUUCAGUAAUACAGGCAAGUGGUUCAGCACAACUGGAGAAAGGACCUUUUAAAAUUAUAAAACAAAUUUUAAACCUGA